GCCACUGAGUUGGAGACAGAGGCUCCUGCCCCAGCUCCAGCACUUCUGCCAGCGGCAGAGGCAGAAAAGGGGCCACCUCUGGAGCUGGACGGAAGUCCAGUUCUAUUUCUGCCAUCACUCCUAGCGCUGGAGCCAUCAGCUGCUCCAGACCUGGAGCGAGUGCCAUCAGCAGACCCAGCCCAAGUGGCAGGUGCUGAACUGCACUCAACGGGACCUAGGGGUCUGCUGGGAUUUCCACCUCAGACUCCAGUAACAGACGCAGAAUCAGCUCCAGUUCCAGAGGCUUCCCACCCCAGGCGAGUGACCAGGAAGGAGCAGCCCGAUGGGAAGCCUAGCCUCAUGGCCUUCUCCCCAAGGGAGGUGGCAGAACAACUGACGGUCAUUGACGCGGAGUGCCAAGCCUUGAGGAACUUUUCCUCCUUGUACGCCAUCGUCUCGGCUCUGCAGAGCAUGCCCAUAUACCGACUGAACAAGACCUGGGGGAAAGUGUCCAGGAAGAGCUGCCGAAAGUUUAAAAAGCUCUGUGAUGAGGACAACUCCCUGAGCUGGGAGCUGCUCAUCAAGUCUUCCCUGGAUGAACAGGAAGAUGGGUCCUGGCAGAAGCAGCCGUCCAAGUUUGCCACCCUGCUGAGGACCCUGCAGAGAGGCCAGAAGAGGCAGCAGCAGAAGGGCAUCGUCCCCUUCCUGGGCAGCAUGCUAACUGACCUGAUCAUGCUGGACACUGCCAUGGAGGAUUACGGAAAUGGCAAUGAGAUCAACCACGAGAAAAAGAAAAAGGAACACAAAGUGAUGAUGGAGAUUGUGCAGCUCCAGGAGGCUGCAGAGAAUUACAACCUAGAGCCCCAGGAGCGAUUCAGGACCUGGUUCUGGGACAUGGAGCAGCUCAGUGAGGAAGAGAGCUUCAGCCUGUCCUGCCAGCUGGAGCCCCGAUCCUAGUUGGCCAGCAAAUCUCUCCAGGCCCAGAGAACAUGGCCAUCAUGAAGCUGAGGAGGGAGUGAGUGUCCCGUGGUCGUAUAACCUCUUCCUUAGCAGCGGGGACCCAGCUGGGGCACUCGGGGUGCACGGGCCCCACCGCCUGCCACCCCUUCCCCGAGGCCAAUUUCCAUCUCUGUAGGGGUGAGAAUCACUGCUUGUAAAUAGUUCAUGCCAGAUUUGCACACUGUUGUAUUAAAGUCCUGUUUCUCUUA